ACCAGGACCUGAUGACGUCGUCACAGGAACCGUCGGAGGGGGACUGUCUCUCAGCGAAGAAAAGAAAUGGCGAUGCUCGGAGGGUUUAGUGCAGCACAGCACAAGAAAAACGUCUCCGAUGGGAGCAGCGACGUGUCGGAGUUCGUCUGUCCAGUGUGUCUCGAAAUCUUCGACAGUCCCGUAACAACACAAUGCGGCCAUACGUUCUGCCAGAGUUGUUUGCAGGAGUGUUUGCGUCCACAGAAGCCUGUUUGUGCUGUAUGUCGGGCCGGGCUGGGCCACUGGACUAAAGCUGCUGAGCUUGAGGCCGUUAUCCAGUCAUCGGUGGCUGCUUGUAAGGGAUGUGGAGCACAGGUCGGCCUUUCUCAAAUGAGAAGCCACACGGCUGCCUGCUCAAAAUACCAGGAGUACAUUGAGGAGGGUGUGAGGACCACUGCCCAGAGCCAGCCUGCCAUCAUCAGUCCAGUACCAAAUCGCUUCACAUUCACCUGCCCAUACUGCAACUGCCAGAACCUUGAUCAGGACGGCCUGGUUGAACAUUGCACUUCCCAGCAUGCUCGUGAUGCACGACAAGUGGUGUGUCCCAUCUGUGCCUCAAUGCCUUGGGGGGACCCUAACUACAGGAGUGCUGACUUUUUCCAGCACCUCAAGAUCAGACACACAUUCUCCUAUGACACCUUUGUUGACUACUCCACAGAUGAGCACACAAUGAUCCAGGAGGCUUUACAGCGCUCCCUUUUGGACAACUGAGGUGUGAAGAACAAUCCACCAGAGGAGGCAAUCCAGUGAAAGUGAAGGGGAGAUGGUGAUGUGAUGUCUUAAGAAGACAGAAAACAACACACUGUAACAUCAUUCAUCUAUCAUGAGGAUGGUGGUACUGUAUUACUAUGGGUAAUCCAUUUCACAGGGAAAUUGGUAUUGUUAUUAUGGAUCUAUAGGUUUAUUAUUCAGAAAAUAAAUCACGCAAUAUGGUUAAAACAAGCAUAUUGUACUGUCUGAUUUAGGAGUGCUACUGUGUUUCUGGUGUGAUAAACUCUUAUCUCCCCCCCAGUUGAGUCUGUAGACUUGAUAGUUUGUUGAAUAUCUACUAAACUAUGUUUGUUCAAGCUGUUUGUUCAUUGAUGACACGGUGUCAUAUAGCCAAAAACUUCCAAAGUUGUAAUUCAAUUUCCCUGUCGUCAAUACUUGAUGUUAUGAAAGGGUUCGACCACUAGGUGGCUAACUAUUGCCAGCAAACGACAGACUUCACUCAGUGAGGUGGUCAAGUAAUGUUAACAAUAAUAUAUAAUAAUCUACUCAAGAGUGACUCUGCAUGUUUAACCCUCAAAAGAGGAGAGGGUUUUUUUUUGUUUUUGAGUUUAUUAGCAGAUGGAAGCUCUGUCUUUUUUUAUGCUGUUUCUGGGUGAAGUGUGUUUGUGUGAGAGAGUGUAUGUUCCUUCUGUUUUCAGAGAUCUACUGGAAAGAAUAAAUAAUAAGAGGGUCAAACAAAGCCAGAGGUUGGCUGUUUGCUUUAUUGUAAAGUUUCUCCCUUAUGUCUUUGUGCCUGCUGGUAGAUCUUGUUUCUGACUUCCAAAACUCAUAGGGCUAAUAGUUCAACCAGUGAACCAAAAGAUGCAAAUAGGAGACCAUCAGUGUGUCAUAAUCGGUCAGUUCUGUGAUUUUUUUUCAUUUCUGGUGAGGUUUUUAUUUGCAUGUUUAUGGCCAGAGGAGGGCAGUAGAGUUCCACCGCUAUCUGGCCGUCCAUGACAGCCCAGUGGCCCUCGCCAGCCUCGUGGCUCCAUCGCAAGACAUAAUUCAACACAGACUUCAUUCUAUAAAUGUGCUUUCCUCAAUGUGUUGUUCUCCAGGCUUAGGUUUUUAUAUGCAGCAUACAAAAAUGUCACUGAUCUUUAGAGGUUUUAGUGGGAUACAUAUUUGUUAUAGUUUUAACUGAGUAACCAUAACUUCUCUUUUAGACAGUUCAUGAUGUGACAUGGUUUAAGAUUUUAAAUGUAACUUACUGUAGUGUGUUCUUUUCAUGCCCAGUGUCUUUGGAUGCUUCAUCAACAAAAAAACUCCAGUUUGUGUUGCUGGCUUUCAUAGAUCUUAACAUCACUGCCAACAGUUCUGAAAAAAAAAAUGAACAUAGUUAUUAUUUGUAUGCCUCCAAAACUGACAGCAUGUGAAGUAACAAGAAAAUUCAGUUUGCUUGAUUUUUGCUGGAUGUUCUUCUUCUUAAAAUGUGGAUUGUGUCUAUCUUAUUUUACACAAGUGUUGUUUUCCAAUGACUUGUAAUUGUCACAAAUACAGCCAUAUACAGUAGUGCAAAUCUCCACACACAGUUGCUUUUGUCUUCUACCGACAGGUAAAUAAAACACCCAGAUCAAGUAGCUCUAGAUCAGAACCUUAAUGCCUUUUCACGUAUAGUCUUUUGGUGCCACUUAUCCCUAAAUGUUCGUUUUUCUCUCCAGUAAAAAUGUGUAAUAAUUUUGUAUGUGUUUCUCAUGUAUAAUGACCUUUUUUCUUUUUUUCUUUCUUUCUCAAUAUAUCUCUCAUUCUCUUUUGUCAGCCCUACUGUUCAGGGGUGCUAAAUCCUGAUAAAUUAAAGCUCUUUAAUUAUUUAAACCCUG